AUGUGGGAGAGACGAGGGGAAGCUGCCACACAGAUCCAGGCCUUCUUCAGACGGCACAGAGUACGUCGCAACCUUGCGACCUCGCUGGGCAGAGUGGGGGACGGAGAAGAAGACGGAAUUAGAACAAACGGUGUCCUGAAAACACCCUCUAAUGUUGUCCUGACAACAGCUCCUAGUGGUGUCCAGAAGACGGUCAACACGUCAUCUCCUAGUGUUCCCCUGAAGCCAGCCGUUCCCUCUCACUCUGUCGCAGUUCAGACCUCCACAAGUGUACUCCAUUUGAAGCCCACCACAGUAGCCCCAACUGAGGAGGCAAGCUCGAAAGUGGCCACACACCCCUGGCAGAAAGGGGGCGGGGACCCGCUGAGUGUCAUCAACAUAUUCACAAGGGAGAGAAGCCACCUCCACCAGACCCUCUCUACUCUCAAAACUCCGCCCACUCAGUCGCUGGCUCCACCCACUCUCCCUCAACAUACCUCAAAGAAUUCCCGGCAUCCUCCACUGCUUAUGAGGCUGCCACUCUCCCCCACUCUCACACUGUCACACCCUCACCAAACUCACACUCCUCACAGAGUCACUCCACCCCCGUCACUCCUCCGCAGACACAGUUCGCGCGGACGAGGAAAUUCCUGCAAUUACUCCUCCUGGCUCUCCCAGUUUCGUCUCUUCCUUCACCACCAGUCACGACUCAUCGUCCAGCAGACAACGCGACCCUGUGACCUCUACGACCCCACACAGCACGCAGACCGACUUUCACCGCGUUCCCUCGGGCUAAAACUCCAGGCAGAGCUGACACUACUUGAAACAAUAGAGGAAUCGAUGCGGCAGCUCUCGGCCGUGGAGGGUAGUCGCGUUGUGACCAGUGCCAGACAAGAGAGCUUAUCGCUGGCCGAGCUGGUGGAGAGACAGAGACAAGAUCACGAGAGAGAGAUGAGUCUCGCUGCGUCCAGAGCCAGGGAGGUAGAGGAGAAGAGGAAGAGGGAAGGAGAGAGGGCGAGGCAAGGAGAGGUUGAGGCUAGAAGAGCCAGAGAGGAAGCAGAGAGGAGGGAGAAAGAGAGGGCAGCAGCUGCAGAAGAGGAGUUGAGUCGAGCAGAGACGAGAAGUCUCUCAACAGUUGGCAGAGGCUCGAGCGGCGGCCAGUCAGGCAGUCAUUUCGUCGGCUCGGCUCCAGGUCGAAGCUGCCCAAAACAUGGCCGUCUCUGUCGCCACGGCAGCCGCCAAGGAAGCGGUCUCGGCAGCGAUGUGCCCACCACCAGUGCCGUGGCAGGGAACAGCAGUGGAGAGAGUACUCUGACCCCUGGCGGUAGCGAGAGAGGAGGAGAGGAAGGAGGGAUGAGUCUCAGCAGACCUGGAGGUGAGGACUCAUUCUUCGGGUUCAUGUCUCGGAUGAUGGAGCAGUACAUGAAGGAAGAGGAGGUCCGCUCGAGACACAGAGCUCUCCUCCUCCAACUCAGGGAGAAGGCCCUCAAGGAGAGGACAAAGGCAGAGAUGGAGUGGCUGAAACUAAAGCAGCGGAGGCUGAUGAGGUAA